CUCUGCCCCUUGCCUCUGCUGCUGUUGCUGUUCUUAGCUGAGCUUGUCCCUACAUAAUGUGGCUGGAGUAGGUAGGAACAGCUUUGCAGCUUCUACGGUCCCUGGGACAGUUGGAAAAGGUGGGGGUUGAAAGGGGAGGAGGAGAGGAGAGGAGUGGAGGGGACCUGCCUCUGAGCACAGAAGGGAAGGCAGGGGAUUCUUACAUGCUUUGAGAAUUUUAGAUAACACCCUGGGGGCUUUUUUAUUCUGAAAGGGGAGUGCAGCCAUGCUACUGCACAUCCUGUGGAUGUGCCCCUGUGUGUAGACAUUCAUAUCUUACAGCCUGACCCAUACACAGGUUUUGUAUCUGUGUGACUCUCCGUUAGGGCAGUGAUUUAUUUUUUUAAAUCAAAAUAAUUAUAUAUAUACUUCCUACCAGUGCUGCUUGAUUUCCUUUCUGUGUAUUGCUGUAACCUUCAUCCACCUUGGAUGGGAGUUACUGCUCUAAUGAGCCAUUUGUGGGUAGAUAAGCCCUUGGAUGAGGGAACGGUUUUGGUUCAUCAGGAUUUGAAACGAUUUUCUUUUCAGUACUAAAUGACAUGCAUGCGUUUCCAGACUCAGAGCUACAUAAAAUUGUAGCUCUUUUAAAUUUAACUGCAUGUGUGUAGCUGCUAACAUUCACGCAUUACCUUACGUUUUUUUAAAUCCACAUAAGCUAUCUCAAAAAGCAAUGAAAUGGGUUUCAAAUUUUGCUCUAAAAGCCUAGUAAAGUAUCUGUAUUACUUGGCAUUACUUCUUUUCUUUAUGCGUGUCUCAGUAUAGUUCAUUAUAAACUCAAGCCCCAUUAAAAUUCAAAUAUGUUUCCUCUGCUACAGACUAAAUUUAAUGUCCAACAGCUCUUUUGAUUGCCAAGCUACUGUUCAGACUCAUUUGGCUCACAAAGGAUGUCCCUUUAAAACAUUUACUUAAAAUAUGUUUAGGCAAUUGAUAGGUAAUAAUGUUCUCACCCUCUAUGCUCCCUGGCUGUGCUGCCAAGCAUUUCAGGUAAUCUUCUGCUUUAGUCGAAACAGAAUUUUAUUUUUGUUUUGUUUUUUAAAUAAUUUUAUGAUGCAGCUUUGCAUGCACUGUAUUGGGCAACUGUAUAAAAGUUCCUGUUUCACUGUCCCAAAAUAGAAUUGUUAGAGUGAGCAGAUUUUAACUCCAUGUGAGGUGUUCCUGUUGAGUUAGUGUUCUUGAAUGGGUGACCAGGGUACUAUUUCUAAAAACAGAAAAAAGAAUAAAAAGAAAAUUUGUGGAACUGCCACAAACUUAUACAGCUGUUUUGAAGCUCAGUGAGAUGUGGUUACUCAGCUAAAUAAUGACAGGGUUUCCAUGGAUAAACUAUGUUUUUCGUCUGUCUUUUAGUGCUGUUACUUUUAAAUACAACUUCCCAUAUCCUUGAUGGAAACUCACUUUAAAGGUUUAGCUUACGUUGCUAAUGAAGCAAGGAAAAUAUUCUUCCUCCAUGCCCUUUUACUUCCACUUUUGACAAGGGGAACAGUUCUCCCUCUAGUUCUGCCAAGCUAUGCCAUACUCUAACUUAAACCUCCAAAGCAAGGAAAUUGAAAGAGAAUGUUUUCUUAACACUUGGGGCCCUGCUUGCAUACACACUAAGAUUGUGUAUGAUCAGUGAUCGCUGGUGUUGCACACAAUAUACAGAUUUGAAUGGUUUUAGAGUACUUCCUUAAUUGUUUUCUCCUCCCUCCUGCUGUAUUCCCCUUUACAUACUGUGUGUUUUUAGGAAAUGCAAGCAGCACAUAGUGGCACUAUUAUGAAUCAAGAUGUUCAAUUCUGUAUGAAUGGAAAUCCAUGUGAAAGAUGCAUAGUAUUAUUUGGCUUCUUCACAGCCAGGCUUAAGAAGACAAUUACACUUUUAACAACAACACGAUUAAAAUUUAGACUGAGAAAACAAGACCAAAAGCAUCAUGCAGCAAAAAACUAAUUUUAAUGGAAAAAUGUUACAGGUUUUUCUUCUAAGAUCAGUGAAUGAAUUUUAGUGACUAAAAUUUCUAACAGGUACUUGAUUUCCCAAGAUGUUUGCAAAAGCAACAAAGAAUUUUGUGCGAGAGACUGACUGUGGGGGUGAUUUGAUCCCUGUAUCCCGUUUGAAUGAUUCAGACAAAUUGCAGCUUCUGAGCCUAGUAACAAAGAGGAAGAAAUUCUGGUGCUGGCAGAAACCAAACUAUCAUUUGUUGACAGUCACAUUGAGUGAUCUACUUGAAGAAGAUAAACCUAUAAAACCAGUAAUUGUGGAGUCUGACUUCGUGAAAUAUGAGGGGAAGUUUGAAGAUUGUGUCAGAGGAAAUCUUGAAGCCUCAUUUGGAAACAUCAGAUUGGGUGCUGGCGGAAAAGGCUUAGUAGAAAGUCAAUCUUCAUUUGGAAAUCUGAGAAAGCAAGAGGUUGACUUGCAGCAGCUUAUGAAUGAUGUCAAGGAAAGGAAAGUUAAAUUUGCUGGAAGUUCUUUGUCUUUUAUUGAAGCAAACAAUAACCAAACAGUUGCCCCAACUGACAUUUCUCCUGAAAUGAUGAACCAAGAAUUCAAUGGAACAAUGAACCUAAACAAUACUUUACUGCAACAAGUGCUGGAAAGAAAACAUGAGGUACUGUGUGUCCUGACAGAGAAGAUAGUAACAACUAAAAAGUGCUUGAUAUCUGAACAUAUUCAGACAGAAGAGAAAAUUGGUGGCAUAGCAGGAUUCAGCACAAAAGUUGUGAAGGUUUCAGUGAGCGAAAAUGGAAACAUGAUGAAGGAUUCUAAUGUGGUCUUAGAGAUUCCUGCCCCUACCACUAUUGCAUAUGGUGUCAUUGAACUGUACAUAAAGCAUGAUGGCCAGUUUGAAUUCUGCCUGCUAAAUGGACAACAAGGAGGUUUUGAAAGAGAAGACACAGCAGGCUCUUCUUACCCCCAUUCAGUGCUAUUCAGAGACACCUCCUUUUUAUAUCAGCCAGAUGCUGUUGAUAGUGUGAGACAUUCUGGGGAUGAAAAUACUAUUCCAAGUGAUGCUUCCUUAAGUGUAUUGAAACAAGGUAUAUUGGUGUUAAAAACCCAAUUCCAGCCUUUUGUGAAGCUAUCAGAUGACAAGCAAGGGGCUUUAUAUAAAACCCUCUAUGAAAUCUUGUAUCAUGAUGAACUGGUGACUGUACUGGAGGAUAUGGUAAAUAAUAUUUGUAUGGGUGACAAACCAAAGUUGAUGGAACUGAAAGAGGUAAAACCUGAGCAGCAGCAAGAUGUAGCAGACUUUCUGCAGCUGGUAGGGUACAGUUUACAGAAUGGGCUGUUGUUACAGGAAGAGCAAAGACUCUUCUCAGCUGCUCACCUCUUGAUCAGCGCUGUAGCAGAGCUGCCUGAUGAAACCCUUGCCCUCCUGGGUGCUUGCUGUGAUCUGCAGGUGGUCCCUGCCUUGUGUUGUUUGCCUAACGUCGUUUCAGCUGAUGGCACUUUGCCACUGAGUGAUCCUACUAUGGCCACUUUCAGUGACACAGGAAGAUUUCACAUAGUGCAAAGGCUGUUCGCCUCAUCAAACAUUAACCUCAAAAUGACAGAGUCUACAGUAAAAGCUGUAACUACGAAAGAACCUAGAUUUUUUCCAUUCAUUCUUUAUAUUGCAUUGUAUGGGUUUUAUGCUUUAGGUGGGAACUUGUAAGGGUAUCUCUGUGUAUUGCAGUAUGUUCAAUUAUUAUUCUAGCCUGUUCUUUCCUCUUAUGGUACAUCUGUGCUGCAUUCAUAUCUAUCUGCAGUCUAGUAGACAUAGCCAAGAUAGCUUCAAACUAGGUAGCUCAGAUAUCAAUAGGAGUCAUGGCAUAGCAAUACAGACCCCAGCAUGGCCUUGUUAAACCUGCCCAUUUACCUGGACAUAUACAUAGAUAGCCUGUGCUCACAUCCAUGCUGCUGCAGGUACACAGCUACCAGCUAGCUUCUUUAAAGCUACCUGUGGUGCAUCUACUUUCUACUACAAUCAUAGCAGUGACACUAGUAUACACAGACAUUAAGGACUAAAGAGGCUAGAAUAAUAGCUGAACAGACUGCAUGAAUAAAUAGCACAUUUGAAGUGCAAUUGAGUCCUGCUAAUUUGUACUAAUGUGACUGGGAGAUGACUGCAAAUUACUAAAUUUGGUAACUGAGUUGGUGGAUAAGCAUGGAAAAUCCAAGGGCAUUGCAUCCCAACAUUGCAUUGUUUAGAUUUAGUGCCUAUUCCUAUAAAACAUUUUUGAGCACUGCUCAGCUCAGCCUUGGGGGAAUUCAGUAAUGUGCAUGGUCAGACUUUUAUUUGACCCAUUGGAGCUCAGAUUUAUUUAUGCUCAUACUCCAGAUGUAGCAAAUACCACGUCUUUUGUAUACAAUUUCCUAAAACUAAUAAAAUCUUUGUGAUUACACCAGUGUACAAUAUCUGUUCUUCUAUGUGCUGAUUACUUUUUGUUGCAAGCUAGAAAGCUUUGGCCACAUACUGCAUUUAAUGCCUGCUACACUACCCCUUCAAAAACACAAUGCAUGCUUUUGAUGUUUGAGUACAAGGGUUACACUAGUCUAGAAAACCCAGUUGUUUUACCCCCAGGACAUCUCCUGGUGGAUUGUAUUUAAUGAAAACAAAGUGUUUUAUUGCACACAUUACUUUAUCUUUCAUCUUGGUUCCUAAUAGCUUUCUCUGAAUAUCUAAAUGGGGAGAAAGUACAGUGGAAAUAAUUGUCAGUACUGGUUUGGAAAGAUUUCUUUGCAGAUACGUCUAAUAAUAAUGUUUUCAUACCACAUAGCUGACUGCAAAAUAAACAGAGACACCACUGAGAGAGUGUACAUAGUCAGAGAGUAUGGCUUAGUAAUUAGGACAGUUGUUUCAGACUCUGGAGACCUGGGUUCAGGCUUCUGCUCCCUUCCUGGGUGGUCUUGAGCAAGUCCAUUAAGGCCACAUUGUCAAAGUGUACUUCUUCAGUAGCUAAAGAUGCACAAAGCCUUCUAUGUGGGAUUUGAAAACACACUUAAACUGUAAUUUCAGUGAGAGUUAGGCAUUAAGUGACACUCACAAAAAGCACCUAAUUAUGCAACCUACCUACAUAUUUAGGGGUUUCUGGUACCUAAAAAUAUGGCCAUUAGUCUUUUUUUUGUUUCAGUUCCUCAUCUGUAUAAUGAUGAUGAUAAAGAUUGUGAAGGUGCUCAGUGUCUGUGGUAAUUGAGGUCAUAUAAGUGUCUGUCUGAUUGGUAGAUGCAAGCUUUUAUCAGUUGCUGUCAUUGCACGUGUUUGUCAGUGAACAAGGAAUUGUAUCAGAAGUCCUUUGGUCUGCUAUUACCAAUCCCUGUUUUAAAAAAGCAUUUCUAUUCCAACAGUGCA